AUGCCAACUCUGCGUAUUGGCACCAAACCUUUUGGUGAAUUUUUGGACCUUGAUCUGGCUGAUACAAAUUUUCAUGAGCCAGGCUCUAUAGAUGUCAUAUUGGGAGCUGACCUUUAUGGCUCUCUAUUACACGGUGAAAUUAUACAAUCAUCAUCUGCUUGUGCUCCUGUAGCACAACGUACCCAUUUAGGAUGGGUUAUCUACAGACGCUUGCCCGAAUCUACAACUAGAGAGUUGUCAACGAGUUUUUGUGCAUUUUCGCAGGCUGAGCUCGCUUAUUUAGUUCAGUGUAUGUGGAAAUUUAUCAAAAACGAGGAUGUGGAAUCUUCUUCCAAGAUGACACAAGAUGAACUCUACUGCGAAGAAUUCUUUAAAAAAACGGUGCAACGGACCAGCUCUGGACGAUACAUCGUCAAAUACCCGUUUAAGGAUUCCAUCGAUCUUGAAAGUUUGGCGGACUCUCAAGGAGACGCUCAAAAGCUUUUUCAUCACCAAUUAUAUCACCUAAAUCGCAAUCCAAAAUUGAAAAAAAUGUAUCAAGAUUUUAUGUCAGAAUAUAUUGAACUCGGGCACAUGGAACCUGUGAACGAAGAAGUGUCUGCUCGACAAGUUUGCUACAUUCCACAUCACGGUGUUAACAAGGAUUCCAGCUCGACAACAAAAUUGAGAGUGGUUUUCAAUGCCGCUAGGAAGUACAAAUCAGGUAAAUCACUUAAUGAUUGUCUCCAUGAAGGUCCUAAACUACAGAGUGACCUGUCAGCAAUAAUUUUGAAAUGGCGAACGCAUCGAAUUGGAUUUAUGGCAGACAUUGAAAAGUGCUACAGGCAAAUACUUGUCCACCGAGACGAUGUCGAUAUGCAGCGCAUAAUUUGGACAGAUAAAGCGGGAUUACCAGUUACGUACAGAUUACUUACGGUCACCUAUGGUUUAAACUGCUCCCCGUGUGUCACAAUUAAGGUUCUCCAUACCCUGGCCGAUGAUGAAGAAGCUGACUUUCCUCAAGCUGCAAAGGUAUUACGGGAAUCAUUUUACAUGGAUGACUGUCUUCAUGGAACUGAUUCAGUUGAGACUGCUCAACAACUACAAACAGAGCUACAGCAGUUGCUGCAUCGAGGAGGUUUCAUGUUAAAAAAAUGGAACUCAAAUUCUGACGAGUUUCUACAAGGUAUUAACAUGACUGAGAAGUUAAGUGACAGUUGCUGCGAACUAAAUUUGGAUCGAGAAACAAAAGCGCUUGGCAUUUAUUGGUUUUGUCAGAGUGAUUGCAUAGGCUAUAAGGUGAACGUCACCAAAGUUUCAUCAGCAAUCACAAAACGUCAGCAACUGUCCGAUGUUGCCAAAAUUUAUGACCCAACUUGUCUUCUGGCUCCAGUAGUAAUUACUGGAAAAAUAACCUGUCAACAACUUUGGCUGUGUGGUAUAUCUUGGGACGAUCCACUUCCAGAGCCGCACCAGAAAAACUGGGUUAAAUUUCGUGAAGAGCUUCCGCUGAUUGAUCACAUUAAAGUUCCCAGAUGGGUUUUCUCGUCACCAAACGCACUAAGUUGUCAACUACAUGUCUUUUCGGAUGCGUCUACCUCCGCUUAUGCCGCUGUUGCCUACCUACGAGUUAAAACCUUUAACGGUGACAUUAAGGUUUCGAUCCUCAUGGCCAAAACUAAAGUGGCGCCUUUGAAGAAAAUUACUGUUCCCUGUUUGGAACUCAAUGGGGCACUUCUUGCCUCAAAAUUGGCAUUCAAAGUUCUCGAAACACUGCCACUGACGUCAAUAACUCUUUACUGCUGGUCUGACUCGAAGACAACUUUAAGCUUGAUUAGAUCAAAUCCAGGACAACAUAAACAGUACGUGGCGAACCGAAUCGCCAAAAUCCAAGAGCUGACACAUAUCGAUUGUUGGAUGUAUGUGCCUACUAAAAGUAAUCCGGCUGACGUAGCCUCCCGCGGUGUGUAUCCUUCUCAGCUAGGGACCCUUGAUAUGUGGUGGUCUGGUCCAUCAUGGCUACGGAACGAUAAAUCCGAAUGGCCGAAACAAAUUUUCGGCUUCAAUAAUGUACCCGAAGUUACAACACUGCUGACUACCCAAGCUCCGCCUGAACUAACGGAGGAUUUAGGAGCGAUGGGUUUACUCUACAAAUACUCCAACAUUAACACCUUGGUUGGAGUCACAUGCUGGUGUAAUCGCUAUAUUGCAAUUAAAUUGAAAAAACCACAUCCAACAUCAGCCUGGUCCACGGCUUCUGAAAGACGAGAGGCUUUACACCUCUGGAUCAGGUAUGUUCAAAAAAUACAUUUUGCUAAUGAAGUUUCUUGUCUCUCUCAAGGUAGACCAAUAAGUUCAACAAGCAAGUUAUUGAAGUUAAAUCCAAUGAUCGAUGAAAAUGGCAUCUUACGAUUGAAUGGUCGAUUGAAAAAUGCUAUAUUGUCUGCAUCUGAACGGUUUCCCAUCAUUCUUCCUAAGGAAAGUAAACUAACGAAGAUGCUCAUUGAUCAAGGGCAUACAUCUACUAUGCAUGGUGGCAAACAGGCUACUCUUAACCUUCUUCGAAGACGCUAUUGGAUAAUCGACUGCCGUGUCGCAGUUCAUAAGUUCAUCCGCAAAUGUGUGACCUGUAUUCGCCAUAGAGCACAAUCCACUAACCAGAUUAUGGGAAAUCUUCCCACUGCUCGCUGUACACCUGCAGUUCCUUUCAAGCAUUCUGGUUUAGAUUAUGCGCCCAACUAA